GUGUUUUUCUUGUUGGGUUGCAGAACCGAACCAGACAGUUAUAGAGGUGCAAAUGACAGACUCAAUAAUUCCUCUGUAGAAUUGGAUCAGCAGCUCCUUGGGCAGUUUGAGCUUACUGAGUUGGCGCAGAAAGAACAUUCUUAGUUGUCCUUUUUUAAUGAUGUUUUUGAUGUUAGCUGUCCAUUUGAGAUCUUGCGAUAUGAUAGAACCCAGAAAUUUGAAGGUUUCUACUGUUGAUACUGUGUUGUCAAGUAUUGUGAGAGGUGGAAGUAUGGAAGGGUUUUUCCUAAAGUCUACCACCAUUUCUACGGUUUUGAGUGUGUUCAGUUCCAGAUUGUUUUGGUUGCACCACAAGGCUAGUCGUUCGACCUCUCGUCUAUAUGCGGAUUCGUCAUUGUCUCGAAUGAGACCAAUCACUGUUGUGUCAUCUGCGAACUUCAGUAGCUUAACAAAUGGAUCAUUGGAGAUGCAGUCAUUGGUAUGCAGAGAGAAGAGAAGUGGUGAGAGCACACAGCCUUGGGGGGCCCCUGUGCUAAUUGUACAGGUAUUUGAUGUGAUCUUGCUUAGCUUCACCUGCUGCUUCCUGUUUGUUAGGAAGCUUGUGAUCCACUUACAAGUCUGUUCCAGUACCUGUAGCUGGUUUAGCUUAGUUAGAAGAAUGUCUGGAAUGAUGGUAUUGAAUGCUGAACUAAAGUCUACAAAAAGGACCCUUGCAUAGGUCUUUGGAGACUCAAGAUGUUGUAGGAUGUAGUGCAGAGCCAGCAUGGUAUCCCAGAAAACCAGCAUGGUAUCCCAGAAAAUAAACAAGAUCAAAGAGCUUGUUCUUGAUAACUGCAGAUCAAAUGAUGGUGAAAUUGAGGGACUCACAGAAGAGUUUGUGAACUUGGAGCGUCUCAGCUUAAUAAAUGUUGGACUCAAAUCUGUCUCAAAUCUCCCCAAACUCCCCAAAUUGAAAAAGCUUGAACUAAGUGAGAACAGAAUUGCUGGAGCCCUUAACAUAAAAAGCUUAGCAGAAAAACUUCCUAACCUCACACAUUUAAAUCUCAGUGGAAAUAAACUGAAGGAUAUUUAUACUUUGAAACCGUUGAAAAAGUUGGACUCUCUGAAGAGCCUUGACUUGUUCAACUGUGAAGUAACAAAUCUAAAUGACUACCGAGAGUGCAUCUUCACACUUCUUCCACAACUCACAUAUCUAGAUGGAUAUGAUCAGGAAGAUAAAGAGGCUUCUGAUUCAGAUGCUGAAGUAGAUGGAUAUGAUCAGGAAGAUAAAGAGGCUUCUGAUUCAGAUGCUGAAGUAGAUGGUUUUGAUGAGGAAGAUGAGGAAGCAUCCAGUCUUGGAGUUAGCAACCUAUCAGCAGGGUACAUCUUGCCUACUCUUCCUUUCAGAAGUGCUCCAAAUUUGUCAGAUUAUGAGGGACUCUCUUGUGUGCAGCCCUAUUCAGGCCUCCGCACAGAUUUUCAUUUGGAUUCAGAUGAUGAUGAUGAUGACGACGAUGACAUAUAUGAGGAUGAGGACGAAGACGAGGAUGGCGAAUGGGAUUCAUUUUAUGAUUUGUUUGAGUAUGAAGGAAGACAAGAUGAAGAAGAUGAAAUUAGUGGAGAGGAGGAAAAGGUUGCCAAUGACAGUGAAGAAGAUGAAGAAGAUGAUGACGACGACGAUGACGAUGAAAAGGAAGAAGAUGAAGAAGAGAAUAAGAAAGGUGAAAAGCGAAAAAGAGAAACAGAUGAUGAAGGAGAGGAAGAUGAUGAUUAAAAUCUUCUGUGUCUCCAAAGGACUGUUCAGUAUUUCUUGGGGUACCCCUUGGAUGAUCUGUGACUUGAGGAGCACGUGUGACGCACCUGUAGUUCUCCCCCUCCAAGCGCAGCACUCAAAAAAGCCAAAGAGUCGGCUAUUCCUGUGACAUUCCAUUGUACCCUGCAACUGAUUUCUCCAGGUGGUUACAGACCUAGCCUUCUUGGGCUAGCACCUUCACUUCUCCUCUUGGGAGUUCCCAGGACGUCAUCUCUUCCCAUUGCCCUAGCAAGAACAAGCGUGAUGGGCCAUUCCUGGCUAUAGGGGCUCCACACCACCCACGGACUAUAUUUCCCUUUUUAAUCUCUGUGCAACAAGGCUUUGUAAAUAGAGUCCUGAAGUUUUGGGGACUGCUCUUCAUGCUUUGCUUUCCCUGCCUUCUUUUUCCUUUUCUAAGCCGUUGGAUAUUUUUUACAUUAGGAUGUUUUAUGCAACAACAGAAAAAGUAUUUUUAAGAACUUGAAUUAAAUAAACGUUAUUUGAUAAACUAUAAUCUUGCAGUUAUUAUAUUCAGAGAGGUUUGAAAAUGUGCCUUUUUUUUUUUAAACUUUAGUAGUCAGGGUUGUGAAUAUUCUGCACUUGUGAAAUAAAACAGAAUCUAGAUUCUAUGAUCUAUAAAGGUUGUUUAGAUUAGGUAAUUUAUUUUGCUAUGCAAGUAAAUAACCUGGAAGCCCUGCUUCAUCUUUCUCCCCAGCUUCACAGGUUGCUUUGUUAGUACAAUUCACAACAUAAGUAAAUUUAGAAACCUUUGACUUUUGAAGUUAAUGUGCUUCCGGGUUGUGAGUGACCAGUACCAGGCUUGGAAGAUUUUAGCUAUUCACAGGUUUUUAUCUCAAUGUCUUACUUAUUCAGAUAUUAUUUGUAGCCAAUGACAUAUUUUUAGCUACUUUGCAUAAGUAUUUCAAAUAGCAGAAUACUUUUCCAUUAAUUAUCACCUUUCUUCAGCAUAUCCCAAUAGCGACCAUCUCCAUUACUAUACUUGCAGUGGUCAUAAAAGCUUUUUUUGCAAAGCCAUACUAACAUUAUAAUCCUAUGCAUAUAGGAUAAUAGUAGCUGUUAUUGUGCCCAGAGGAAUUAGCUGCCAUGUGUAAAGGAUUCUGGCUUAAUGUCCAUGUUUCAAUAUUUGAUAGAUAUAAUACACUCAGUAGUAGCACUUGGUUGGUAAUGUUCAAUUAUGGUAAUGAUCAAAAGGUGAAUUUUGGAAUCUGUUUAAAUGAAAUAUCAGAGGAUGUAUUUCUAAAGUUUCUUUAAAUAGUUUUUGCAAUCCUGCCAAUUAGCAAUUUUGUUGUAAGGGAAGGUUCUAAUUCCAGCCUUACUAAAAAGCCAUUUGACUGAAUUUCAGCUUUAAGGGAAAAAGAGACAGAUUAAAACUGUUGAGGUAUCACUUAUGGCAUGUGUGAUUAAACAAUAGUAAAAUGAUCUUGUAGACUAGUAACUGGAUUUACCAUAGUUACAUGGUUGGUAUAAGUAUUAAAAAUGCUUAGCUUUUCCAAGAAUGUUCCUUGUAUUUAUUAAGUAUAAGUUUUGUCAUUCUUUCAUAUGGGGGAUAUGUCCCCAAUGGCAUUUCAGUUUCCUUGCUUUUAAAUCACUGUAAUAGAAAAAAAUACCACCACACAUAUAUCUUUAAAUAUAGUUAGGCGCUAUUUAAUAAAGCAUAAUCAGUUUGUCAUCACUGUA